GAACCUUAGAGCACCAGAUUGAGAGCAGCAAAAGCGGAUUCAGAAAUUCCAAGACAGAAGAGAUGUCCUUGAAGAGGCUGGUUACUACAAAACGGGAAAAGCUCACCACUACUGAAAUCAAAAUAAAGAAGAUACGGGAGGAUAUGGAGCAGCGCAAGCAAGCAAUAACCGAGUAUUGCAACAAGUUUCAGGAGAAAAGAGGGGCUGUUUGUGAGAAGCUGACCUCCAUUCACACUGAAAUCAAGCAACUCAAAGCAGGGAUUCAGCAACUAAAUGGCAAGGUUGGAAGAGAGAAAGCAAAAGCACAGGAGAUCUAUCUCAACCUGAGGGUUGGCUUGGAAAAGUACCAUGAAAAUCUGGCGAAGAUGGUGGACAGCUGUACAUCUGCAAGAGAAAGCAAAAUUAUGGAAUUAGAGACUCUUCUGAGUGCAUCAUUCCGCUCUUGAUUUCAUACUCUGCUUUUAUUGCACUUGUUUUUCUGGUGCAGGAGACAGUUUUAAGAGUGGCUUUCUUGGGGCAUUGAUGGGAGGGGAUUGGUCCCCAUUUUAAUGCUGGAGUGAUCCAGCAUCGGGCCUGUUGGAUGGAGCAUGUUCAUACCUUCUUCAUUAUAUUCUCUGCCAGCCAAGUCACGACAGCACAACGAAUACCAGAAUUACGCAAGGUCAACAAUGGGAUUAUUUGCAACUGGUUGGGAGGGCUGUAGAGUGGGUUGGACUUCUUUUUAUCUGGAUAAACUCCAUUUCUGUGUUUACAUAUCCUUUGAUGCCUUCUCUUCUGUGCAUCAGAGAUGAUGCACUUUGUGUUUCCAGAAUGAUCUUGUAAUUUUUUUUUUUUUGUAAUAAAAGAGCCAAGUCAUCUUGGUAAUUAUUUUUGGAUUAACCCAUUGGUUGCAGAAGGUCUAGAAUCUGCAUGGAAUCCUCAGCUGGAGAAGAAUGCAGAGUGGAAGGCAGCAUCCAGGUUGAACGUCUCUAAGCAACAACUGUCCUGGGGCAAGCAGGCAGCAGCCUUCGGGUGAGAGCUUCAGUCAACUUCCACUGGUCUGGCUGGAGGCUUUCUUACAUCUUAAAUAGGAGCAUGUUUUUCUGUGGUGGUAAGGCCACUGCUCAGCCUAAUGUUGCGUGUGCAUCUGAUACACUAUUUUUGCUGUGCAUUUAUGCCCGAGUGCCAUGUAACUCCUGAACUGAAGUUUUUAGUUGCAUUAACCCACUGAAUCUUGAUUAAGUCUUGUUAGCUCGACUUUUAAUUUAGGCUUUGAUAUUUUGCAUUAAAAUAAAAUAAUUGCUUGCA